AUGGUAGUGGAGCUACGAUUCGUCUAUCAAAUAAAUGACAGUGAACAUGCUGCCAGUAAAGUCCCUUCCCUUACAUUUGUUUCCAAGUUUCCUCCGUCUUCCCUAACUACCGUUAUUUUUUUCAAUUACAUCUCCCUGUUGGUGCCCGACUUCUGCCAGUGCUCAACAAUGGCCCCGUCUAGCAUCUUGGCCAAGGCCCUCCAGCCCGGCGACACAAUCGCCUUCGUCUCCCUCUCCGCGCGCCUCAAUGACAUAUUCCCUGACGCACUCGCGCGCGCCACCUCUCUCUUUCAGAGUCACGGCUACAAAGUCCGUGUACUCUUCACAUCCCGGCAAGACCCUGACGUGCAAUGCGGUAUUGCCGAUCGACUCAGCGAGCUCCGUGAGGCAAUGCUCGACCCAGAUAUUGCCGCCGUCGUCUGCACCAUUGGCGGCGAGACCUUCACAGAGCUGCUGCCCGCGCUCGUGGCGGACGCGGCGCUGCACGCGCAUGUCCGGGCGAAUCCAAAAGUCGUCGUCGGAUAUUCUGACAACACAGGACUGCAUUGGCUCCUGCAUGCCCUAACUGGACUGCGCACAUUCUACGGGCCGACGGCGAUCCCAGAACUAGGCACCGCUGAUGUCCGAGACGACCAGGAGUCGCCGCUGACGUUUUGCGUCAAUGCGCUCUUGAAUGCUGUCACAAAAGCCGAGCCUCUUGGUAAGAUAUCGCGGUCACAGGUGUAUGCACCAGAGCAUCCCGCAUUCUUUCAAGGCCCGACCUCUGUCGAGGUGCAAAAGGUAGCGCCAUCACCUGCGUGGCAGUGGCUUCGUCCAGGCAAGGCUCAAGGAAGGCUGUUUGGAGGCCUACUAGGCGCCGUAGUCCGCUUAAAUGGAGUGCAUGCGAUUGCUCCCGAUUGGUGCGACCGCAUUGUAUUCCUGGAGACGGCUGUAAGUGAAGCCGACGAUCUUGGGGCUGUGCGCACCGCCUUUGCCGAUUUGAUUGCACAAGGCGUAUUCGACGCGGCGGCUGGCCUGGUCGUCGGGCGGCCAUUUGGCUAUGACUCGAAAGAGGCGAGGGAGGAAUAUGCACAAGUUAUUACAAGCCUCUUGUGCGACGCUCACCAUGGGCCGCUUGCCGGCAACCGAUUUCCUAUAUUGUUCAAUGUGGACAUUGGGCACACGACCCCGAUGGUCACUCUACCUAUCGGUGCACUGGCGGUGCUGGACUCGGAAACCGACGAAUUUGCGAUAUUGGAGGCCGGGGUAGAGAGCGGGUAA